GCGCAUCUUCAUUUCGGCUGUGGAGGAAAAGGUGCGCACACUGCCCGUCCCAUCCGCGGAUGGAUGUCUUGCAUUUAAGUCAUAUGUGAUUUGAACGACUUUAAGACUUUGUUAUCGCUCUGAUUUUUGAUUCAUAACCCCCUACAGGGAGAUUUGACGAAAUUAAACUCGGUGCGCAACAGCUGAGGAGAAAAACUGAAUCCUAUAAAGACCAUAAGACACUCCGGACACAGAGGACUUAUUCUGCUCAUCGGCGAGGAAGACUGUGGAUGUACUGACUGAAGAUCUAUCUGACAAGAUCAAACAAGCAGAAGUUCACUGAUGGAGUUUUGAAACAACUUUUCCUCUCGUUUUUUUUUUGUGUGAAUUUUUCCAAAUGAUGGACUGCAGACUGUCGCCGCGGACUUUCACACCUGACUCUGCACCUCUCGCAAACACAUGAAAAGGAAGCGUCAUGUUUUGUCUGAUGAAAUCUCGGAGCUUAACCAGCAGCAGCAGCAGCAGCAGCAGCAGUAGGGCUAUGGGGAUCAGACAUGGGAGGAAAAAUCCGUAUCACUCCAAACCCAGCUCUAAAAUCUACUCCAUUUUUAUCCUGCUGCUGCUCAUCUUCACACCCAGAGUGGACUCAUCGUGGUGGUGAGUGAGAUCUGUGAAGUCUAGCUCAUCUAAAUCACAGUGAAAUCCUUUAAGGACCAUUUAUGAAUUUAAAAAAAAUGAAGCAAAGAAAGCAAAAGUUAGUUUAUCUGAUUUACUAUCACUUUGAGAAUAAAAAGAACCUUUCAUCCAAACUUUUUGAUCAGUUUUAUCCUCUCAACAAAACCUAAUAGUCCCUAGAAAACUCAAAAUCUUCAUCUUGAUCCGUGUUUCUGUGCUGGUGUAAAUUUCUCAAACAUCAGUGCAGAGUGUGUGUCAUGUGUUUCAUGAAGAUUUAUGGUGUUGGAGUGGGGGGUGUCUCCCCUAUCCAUCCAUCUUGCCCAGAGGAAGUGGCAGGUGCAGGCGCUGGUGCAUGAAUAAAUGCUCCUUGAUGAUUUCUCUUGAGGUUUAAAAUGCCUGGAGGUGGAAAACACACACUUAAACACACACACACACACGAACACACGCACACACACACGGGGGUGUAAGUAAGCACCCACCCCCUCUAUCCCACCCACCUGAAAUACUUGUUCUCAUGUGUCAGAGAAAUUGUAUUUGAUGUGGACUAAAUAACCAACCGCACUGAAGCAGACCGUUGAGUUACGGCGCAACAAUCAGACUCUGUUAGAGAGGGAGAAUUAGAUUAAAAAUGCACCCUUUGUAAAUAAUGUUAUGAAUUAUAAUUUCCCAAGAGAUCCAAAUUAAUUUUUAUCCUAUUUGCAGUUGUGAAAUCCUGUUCCUGUGUUCUGCAAAUACGAGACAAAAAUGGGAUUAAAUCUGUGUGAAACAUUUGGAUUAUUUCUGCUCAUCUAAUCCUUGUUUGUACAGUUAGGGACAGUAAGAUUGUUGUAUGUCUUGCUGUCUCUUCCCUCUCUCUCUCCCUCUCUCUCUGUGUCCUCUUGGAGACAGUCAGGGGUCUUUUGGCACAGCCGGUAUGUACAACGCACAAUAAACACCAGUAGUGCUUCUGCUCUGCUUUACUGCUCAGGCUGAUAGUCCCCGUCAGAUCGGGACGGGGAACAGCCAUAACGGGAGUGGAAACUGCCUCCUACGCCCGUUUCUGUCUCGGUGGCCAGGCGACACAAAUGUGGCUGCGAUUAGGGACUAUAAUGAUAUCCGGAUGGAGAGUGGAGCGUGCAGGCUUAGAGGGGAGGAGGGGUGGGGGUGUACGGCUAAUGUGCGAGGCUUCAUUGGAAAGAGGGAAAAGCCUGAGCGGUCACUUGCACUGUAGAUGACUGUCCUCAUGUCCUGUUGAUAAGAGGCCCCCCACUGUCACAAUAGCAGCAGCAUGUGAUCGGCCUUUUUAAGAGUUGCUCCAAAGUCGGGGAUUAUGUGUGUGAAUGGAGCAGGAGGCAAAAGGCCUGUCACAGGGGAGCGAGUGGCAUUUCACCAAAUGUGAGGAAUUUCAUAAUCUCUUCUACAUCCUGAAUUUACAGACGCUUUCACACACAGACUCCAGACGAUGUCAGGACAUCCAGGACAUCCUGACAUUUUCUGGACUUUCACACGUGUGCCUCACAGAGGGAGAUUAUCUGCGUCAGAUGUGAUCAAAAUAUUGGGUCUGGGUGGUGGCGGGGUCAUGGCAGCACACAUGACAUGCAUGAAGACUGAUUCUACGCUGAUAGUUUACUGAGAGUCCAUCAGGAUGAAAAGAUUUGGACAUCUGCGUUCACACAUACACCCUGCUAAGACAUUGCCAACAAAAUUUCCAGUGUGAUGGUUUUUGUUCGGGACGGGUCAAAGAGUUUAAGUAGACUGGGAUAGGAGUUCUGACUUUUAUGAGGCUCAACAAGCAAAUGGUCGGAGUCUUGUCCAGAACCAAACUUUGUGGUCAAAGUUUCACAAAAUAGCAAAUACACAGAACUUCUCAUUUCUUCUAUUUUGAAGACUUUCAUGAGAAGAUUUGUGCCGAGAAAGAGCUAUGAUGGUUAUGUUUAAGUGGACUUCUAUUAAUCAGCCUAAACUGGGUAAAACCCUUCACAUAGACACCAUAAUCUGAACAGACGUCUGAGAAAAACAUCCAUAUGCCCUUUAGUAUUACGAUCAUCAUAUGUAAGUUUAUGCCUGAUCUGAUUUUUUUCUUCCCGUCUGCCCCAAAUAACAGAAAUUAUGGUAGAAGCCAAUAAAACUUGUCAAUAAUAGAAACAGUUGGUGCUGAAGGUUCAGACUGAAUCUGGGAUUGUUGAACAUCUCAAAAGAUUUAAAGUUUAGUGUAUAAGGUAUAUUAAAAUUAUUUUUUUGUCACCUUAAAGUGAGCUGUCUCUCACAUGUUUAACAAAAGCUUUCGUUGGACUGAAACCAGACUUUGAAAAAACACGUCAACAUGUUAGUCUGACUGAAAUAGCACGAAAUUAAACUUCUCAUAAAUGCGGUUUGGGUUCGAUUUUCUCUGUCAUGAAUACUCUCCUAUAUGACUGAAACUGGCCUCAACAUAAUCUAGAGUGUGCAUGCUGGGCUGUUGAAGACGACUCGCAUAAACGCAUUGCUGAAAAGCUGAGGAGUAAACAAAACCUUCAUAAACGAAGGAUGUAAAAAAAGGCAAACCUGUCAUAUUAUAUGAACAAAAGGUUCAGAGCUGUAAAAGUCACAGUUUUCAGCAGCUUAAGUGUUUUGUCGAUUGUUUUGGUAAGUAUUUGGUCAACUGGGAGAUGACCUAGUAGUAAUGAGCAGGCGGCAUGUUGUCACACUCACCGUAGUGGAGGCAGAUCUGCUCCUAUCAGUCAGUACGUUUACAUGACGCUUGAAAAAAAAGGAAUUAUUGCCUUACUCUGAUUAAGACCAAACAACUGAAGUGCACGUAAACACCUUAGUCCGACUAUAAUCAAAGUUUGAGAGCUCUGAUUGGAGUUGAAGAACUCCGAUUACACACCCAGAUAAUGCGAUUGGAAUUAGAUUUUCUCUACCAUUUAACCAGCACAGUAGAAGUAUGAUCAGACAACGCAUGUGCGCUUGUGCCACACCUCCGUAACCCCGGAACAAAAACACCAGAGAAGAAGUGGCACAGACAUCUUAAAAAAGGUCCAGAAACAGUGCAGCUGAAAAGACCCAUAUUGUAUAUUGUACAGUAUUGUAUUGUACAUUGUACAGUGGAUGUUUAGUAUGUUAAAAAUGUUGCCUCGAGGGUUUAUGUGAAUUUCGGACAGUUUCUUUGUUAAUGUUAAACUUUCUUAAUGUUGGUUGACAAUAAUUGGUGAACUGCCCCUUUAACUUUGUUAUGAACCGUAUGGUGUUGGAUCUACGUCUGCAGGUAUAUUGGAGCCCUGGGUGCUCGGGUGAUCUGUGACAACAUUCCCGGCCUGGUGAAUAAGCAGCGGCAGCUGUGCCAGCGACACCCAGACCUGAUGCAAUCUAUCGGCGAGGGGGCCAAAGAGUGGAUCAAAGAGUGCCAGCACCAGUUCAGACACCACCGCUGGAACUGCAGCACGCUGGAGCGGGACCACACUGUGUUUGGGCGGGUGAUGCUGCGAAGUGAGUGAGCACACGUGGGACUGAAAAAUCCGUCUGUGUGGUUCUCCGUAUGUGCGUGACAGUGGUUGUUUAUGUCGACGACACUCGAGUUAAUCAUCCUCGUAAAUGUCUCCAACGCUGCCAGAUAAGCAGAGAAUUAAUAGGUGUCAACUUUGCUCCAGAAUACAAACAGAAAGACAAAGGGUUAUAGCCUUUUUUUUUACCUUCUCAGGAAUGAGGGACGAUUGGGAAAGUGGAUGUUCCCUAAAAACAAGUAGCAGAUCACCAUACUGGUGAUGUAUAAACAGUAAUAGGAGAUGUAAAUAUUUGGGUAGAUGUUUCUGGCAGGCAGACAAAGCUCUACUCCCUGACAUAUCAUCUGUGUUCUGCUUCAUUGCGCGAGUAGGAAUGAGGACAAGAGGUGGGUGGGAGAGCCAGACCAAAUAACCCCCAAAAUCUCCUCUUGUCUGAAAUGAAAACACAGCUCAGUGACUGAGAAAGCUGCCAUCUGGGCAAAUUAAAAAGGUGAAAGGAGAGUCAGCUGGACUGUGACGUUAGAGACGACAUGCUGCUUCCUCUGUCUGGACCAUCCGCCAUAAAUGGACGGAUUUGUGCUCCUGCUUUAUUGAGCAGAAAUGAGGAGAACCUGAGCACAAAAAGCACAGCUUGAGGCUGACCACAGAGAGGAAAUUACUGUAUUGUUUGGGCCUUCUGUUGUGACAAGUAGAUUGUCGAAUUAAAGUAGCAGUGAAAACAAACACUCUUUUUGUGCUCUCAGGUAGUCGAGAGGCGGCGUUCGUGUAUGCCAUCUCUUCAGCCGGUGUCGUCUACGCCAUCACCAGAGCUUGCAGUCAGGGGGAGCUUAAAAUCUGCAGCUGCGACAGCCACAAGCGAGGCCAAGCGACAGAUGAAAGGGGCACUUUCGAUUGGGGAGGAUGCAGCGACAACAUCAACUACGGCAUCAAAUUUGCAAAAGCUUUCGUAGACGCACGAGAGAGGAUGGUGAAAGACGCUCGUGCCCUGAUGAACCUGCACAACAACCGCUGUGGUCGGAUGGUGAGUGGCCACUAUCCUUUUGUGCAAAUGCUUGUUUUCAAAGACUCAAUCAUGUUUUUGAAAGUUACAUUGUCUGACCUACAGUCUGUAACGUAAUUUGCUUUUUGCUGAUUUUAUUCACUAACCAAUCAUCAAAAUGAUCAAUUACCUGACUGUCAAGAUUUGAUUACAGAGCAGCCAACAGUUGAGAAUAUUUGACUCACACCUGUGCCGACAGAGCUGAUCACAGCGCAACAAUGCCAUCAGUAGCAUCACAGGCUUAACACCUCGUCACCUUUGACUUGUGCUGCAGGCAGUGAAGCGCUUCAUGAAGCUGGAGUGCAAGUGUCACGGGGUCAGCGGCUCCUGUUCUCUGAGGACCUGCUGGCUGGCCAUGUCCGACUUCAGGCGGACCGGAGACUACCUACGCAAGAAGUACAACACGGCCAUCGAGGUGACCAUGAACCAGGACGGGACGGGCUUCAUGGUGGCAGACAAGGACUUCAAGGGAAGCACCAAGAAUGAAUUGGUGUUUGUGGAGAACUCUCCAGAUUACUGCCUCAUGGACCGCUCGGCAGGUGAGAAACCGAAAGAGAAAGUUUUGUUUUUGGAAAGUCCUCAAAAAAAUUUGGGACUUUUUGCCAGAAGUGAUCAUUUGUUUUGACGUAUUAAAGUACUAACAGAGGACCACAAGAACUGAUCCAAAGGGUUCUUGUAACUGGGCUUGAUGAUAUUUCUCAGUUUGUCAUUUCACACAAUCAAUGAGAAUCAGAGACCUCUCCACUGACGCCUUGCAUUCCUUUACAGCUUAAAUUUCAGUGAUUUGACCUUUCACGUUGCCUUAAAUUCCCGGUGUUUGCUUAGCCUUGUUAAGCCCUGUCUCUGUCCUUAAAUCCAGCUCCUUCAGUAGGGCAGGUAAGAGUUAAACUUGCUCUCUAGGUUAGAUUGAAGAGUGCACAUAUGCAGGAGUAGACUUAAAGCUUUUAAAUGAAGUCAGGUUCUCCCACUCCACCCUACUUUUAGCUUGGUUGCAGCUUCAGCUAAGAGUUAAUAAAGGUGUGUUCCUUCAAAGGGACGGCUGUCUUUUCUUGCUAAAAGAUGAUCUUAAAAUAGGCUUAUGACCCUCCUUGCCACUAAUCUUCAUUGUAUUGGAAUUCACAGCCCAAGGAUACAUGCAGGCUUGUUUUUCAAAUCCUUCCUUUGGUCAGUAUUAAGCUCCACUCCCAAGAGCCUGAGGGGAAUAUCUGCUCUUAUCCUUUUCUCUUUACUUGAGGGAUGGUCUGUUAUUAGACCUGGUACCUGAUCUUGGGCCCAGAAUUUACACUUGAGUACAUGGAUACCUUUGUGUUGGGCUCUGGGAUUGUUUUGUAAGCCUGUCUGGAAGCUAAUACCCAGUUGAGGAGUGUGGGAAAAAGUUACUUUGUUUAGCAGAAGUAGUGCCAGUCUUUAGGGCUGAAAUUAGCCGGUGUUCAGCAAAGGUUGGAUUCCAAUAUUUGAGGUUCUUGUCAUCGACUGUAUUUUAACUUUCACAGAAAAUUCUGAACAGCCGAUAAUUCUCUCAGAUAAACAAAUUACUAAUUUGUUAAUUAAGAGUGACAAAGUUAGGUAUGAUUACAAGAACUGAUGCAAUGCUAAUAACAAUACAAGAACCAGUACCAUCACCAAUAUCAUGACUGAUUCCAAGACCAAUAGUAAUACUAAUUUUACCCAUACUACUGUCAAUACCCAUGCAUACAUUAAUAUCAAUACUUAGAUCACUACUGAGAUCAAGCCUGAUGCAGACACUGAUGCCUUUAACAAUAUCAGUUCUCUAAUAUAAAUAUGGAUUCUAAUACUGAUAUCAAUAUCGAUAUCAAUGCCAAUUUCAAAGCCGAUAUCAAUGUUGAUAUUAUUGCUGGUACAAGUAUUGGUGCCAAGACCAAUUCUACUAUCAAUGCCAAUGUCAAUACCAGAUCUAAUAUUAAUGUCAAUACUGAUACCAAUAGCAAUAUCAAAGAUAUUAAUACUGAUACAAAUACCAAUACAGAUACCAAUAAUUUUGCCGAUAAGAAUAUCAAUUUUUAUCAAGUUUUCAGAGAAAAAAAAAAAGAUUUUAUUUUUGGCCAAAAUUGUGUAGCGCUCGUACCGGGACUUAGGUCUACUUAAUUAUCAAGUCUUAUGUGGCUUGUCAGUCCAAAUAAUUCAGUUAAGAAACUUUAUGCAAUCCUAACAUUUACUCACAUUACCAAGAUCCCUUCUCUAACGAAGCCAAAGUGCUUUUCAUUAUUCUAGUAUAACUUGCUCAUUAACAACAAUGUUUGAAUUUCUUUACAGGCUCCUUGGGAACAGCGGGCAGAGUGUGCAACAAAUCCUCCAGAGGCACAGACGGCUGCGAGGUCAUGUGCUGUGGGCGGGGCUACGACACCAUGCGUGUCAAACGUGUCACUAAGUGCGAGUGCAAGUUCAAGUGGUGCUGCGCUGUGGAGUGCCAAGACUGCGAGAGCGUGGUGGACGUUCACACCUGCAAACCUCACAAGCGACCCGAUUGGCUGGACGUGACCUAAGGAGUAGAGCUGACCAAUGACAGUGAUCACUGACUCAUUAACCUGUGCACAAACGGCUGCUUUUUCUAAUGGGACAUGUAAUUGGGUUUUCUUAACUGUAAUACCUCUGGCUUUCGAUCUUUCGACACUCCCUGGAGCGGAGACCUUGAUGCUAAACUGGAAAGUAGGCCCAGUUACUGAUCAUGUGCUGCUUUAAAGACUGUUUUUCAGAACAAUCUAUUGAGCCUGUCUUAAGACGUUCUUUGAUACAUUAGGCUGAAUAUUAUAUUGCUGUAAAUGCACCCUUGGUUGAUGCUGAGAAAUGAGGUAAUGUCUGCUUGUUUUACAAUAUGUUCAGACUGUGAAAGCACAUGACUCAGCUAAAAUUGAUACCAGUUUUUAUGAUCAUAUUUAGCCUGAGGAGAGACUGAUAAAGAAAGAAAUAUAGAGCGAUCUUUCUCAUUAUUGUGGGGAUACUGAUGUUUUAUCAUUUAAAAUGAUAUGAAGUCAUUCUUUGUUACUGCGAGGACACCAUUUAAAACACAAGAGACAGUUGCUGCUCAGCGCAACUCUGAGAAAUUUACAAAAAAGGUCAGAAGGUGCUCAUGAAAUAUGAAAAGUGCAGACAAUCACACUGUGAACCGAGAGGAACCACUAAAAGAGUGACAAGCAAAGCAAAGAGAAGAAAAGAUUUUCUUCAGCUGAGGCGGCACAAAGCUGAACUUUGAAAGGUUUGCUGAAGAAUAAAGAGACAAACUGAGAGAUGAAACUAAAGCACCACAUGGAUUAUGCUGUUUUCUAAAGGAAUCGCUUCCUAUCUAGUAUCUGAUAAGAAUGAAAGUCUUUAGUUGGUCUUCUGAUCAUGUGGCCUUGCAGAGAGAUUUCAGUUCUACCUCUGGUUCCUUGUCUUUGUUCCACUUUUACAACGACAGCUUCACACUUCAUUCUAACACGGCUGCUGCAGUUAAAAAAAUAAAAAUAAAAACCUCUUUUAACUCGAUUUAUGCCCAACUUCACACAUUUUUGAUCAAAACACACAGCUCAACGCAUAUACUUUGACUACACUGUUACCUGAUAACAUGGAGGCCUUGAAAGUAAUCUAGGGAAAAGUUAUUCAUUGUCGAAAAAAGAUUUCUGUUGCUUAUAGACAAAAUUAAAAAGACAAAAAAACACAGAGAAAUGACCCUGAAUCUCUUUUUUUUACUUUUUAAAUAGUUUAUCUCUUUAAUUGAUUCCCCAAAAGCUAAUACUGUAGAUUUUUAUCACUGAUUAAGAUCAAAACUCAUGGCCCCAAUAUAUAUUUUUUUCUAAAACGUCGUCAUUAAAGUUCACACACAGUGAAAACUGUUCAGAUCCGUCUGGGGAAAUAACUUGAAGGGUUUGAUGAUUUUCCUCUCUUGCUUCUCUCAUACAAUCAUCAUGAAGAACAGAGUUAUUUUUGACGUGAUGACUUUCACCGGUUUUCAUAUAAGACGCUAAAACCUGCAGUGCAGGGGUAAGGUGUCUGAUCAGAACAAAGUUACUCAUUUUUUAUUUAAAAUCAUCCAACAUGCCAAGCUAACACUCCUGGUUUCAACCUUCCUAACUCUAAAUUUAUAAAUACUCCAGAAUAAAUCUUUUUUACAAUGCUUUAACAUUACUGAUCUAAAAAUACAAUUCAUUAUUUUUUAUUGUUGUACCCCCUUCCUCACAUUCUGAAUUGUUGCUGUGACAAGUUCAAGUUUGCUUUUAAAGCUACAGAUCACUGUUAACACAUUCAAGUUAUAAGGUAUAAUGUACAACGAGCAGGCUGUAAUGCAAAACAGAAUCCUGGCAUGGUGAGAGAAAAUCACUUAAAGGACAAGAUUGUUAAACUGACAUGGUAAUAGUGAGGUUAUAAGCAUACAAACAUAAAAUUAUCCCAUAAGCCUGCUCUAAAGUUAAUAAACACAAUAAACUCAACAUUUUCAUUUAGUAUUGAGUCAAAACACUCACAGUUUUCUUCACAGAGGCAGAAAAUGAUGGUAGCACUUGUGUAGGAUCCUCAAACCCUACACUGUGUUGUGGUCUGUCAUUGCUUUAUAUCAGUUUUAUUCAAUUUAGUUGAUUUAUUUCACUCAGUUCGUCGUGUAUUUGAACAUCCCUCGAUGAUUUGCUCUUUUCUCUCUUUACUGGUGACUGGUCAGCCAUUAACCAUGAAUCAUCUAAAGUUUGGUGGUCUCUGAAAAACUGACAGUAACGUAUCCUCUAUGUUGUUCACCAUUUCAACUAAAAGAGUAAAAUUUUUGCCACAUAGUCAACAGGAAGAGCUGUUAUCAUAACCUUUGUAAAUGUGCCAAGCUCCUUUACGGGGGAUUGAUUUUGAUAAGUCACUUUUGGUAUCAGAAUUAGAAACUACCGUGAUAGGAGACUCAAGUUUGGUGGUUAUCAAUCAAGUUGGGAAAGAAUUAGAUUCAGAUGAUAAUGGGCCCAAUUAUUUCUUUUGGAUCUCGUUAGAUAAUUGUUUUGUUUCCUCUUGGUGAUUCUUGGUUUCAGUGAACUGUAACUGACUUUAAACACAGAAAACUCCUGGUUCAUUACAGCGCGUACAGAAUUUCUUUCAAACAAGAAGGCCUUGAAAUGUACAUUAAUAAAAAAUGUCCCAUGAGUUUUAUGCUGCUAUAUUUCCAUCGAACCUUACGUAAACUGAUCUGAAAUAUACAGUAUGUACUUUAUGUUGAUUAUUCUAAUUGUACAGAAAUCGAUAAUAAAGCAGAUUUUCCUGUUUAUGUGAGCUUAUAAAUAA